AUGACAAGCAACGCCGACGAGAUGGCCAUCCGGCCCGGCAGCGACUUCACCAUGGAGCAGCUCUCCGAGUGCUCCAACGCGGCCUUUGCCGACUACUUUGGCCACCCGAUCGUGUGGACGCCCGCCGAGCUCGCCGCCUACCUCCCCGCCCACGGCGUCUCCCUCUCGCGCAGCCUGGUCGCCGCCGAUGAGCGCGGCGCGCCCGUCGGCUUCGCGCUCAUGGCGCACCGCGACGACCUCCCCGGCCACGCGCGGCUACUGGCCGCCGUCGUCGACGCCGCGCGCGCCGACGGCACCGAAACCGUCUGGCUCGAGGUCAUCACAGAGAACGCGCCGGCCGUCAAGCUGUACUCGCGCGGCGGGUUUGAGGUGGUGCGGCCGCUGGCCGGCUGGAAGCGGGGCGCGGAGCAGCCGGAGGAGGAGCAGCAGCGGGCGGAGGUGCGGCUAGAGGAGUGCAAGCCGGAGGAGGUGCUGGAGCGGCUGAGGAGGCACGGCGCGGAGGCGGACCUCCCAUGGCAGCUGUGGCACCAGUUCCUGCUAGCCACGCGGCCGCAGAGCUGUCGCGGCUUCCGGCUGGUGGGUGGCAGCGCGUACUGCGCCAUCUCGGACCCGGAGGACGAGAGCAGGGACGCGAUCAGCCUGCUGGGCCUGGCGGUGGAGCCGGAGGCGCGGGGGCGAGGCGAGGCCACGGCGCUGCUGCGGGCGGUCCUGGCGAAGUACCCGGGUAAGAAGUGGAAGGCGCCGGCGACGAUCCCGCUGGCCUACGGCGAGAGGAUUGCGCGGCGGCUGGGGUUUGAGAAGGAGAGCAUCACCAUGAACCUGAUGAAGCUGAGGCUUGAAUGA